AUGUCAGGAGCAGCUACACCGUACGCGACGGCUUCCGCGCGAGCCUCUGUUGCCCCCACGGGUGCUGCGACACCAGCUCCACCGCCGCCACCCACCGAGACUACCCCAACCCUCCCUCCGCCGUCUACCUUUGACAUACUCCCCGACCUUCACAAGCUCCUCAAGCGCAUACUAGAGACACCCUCUCACCCACCAGCUUCAACCCCCACGCCCGCCCAACUCUCAGCAGAAGGCCCGCUCGAAAUCCAACAUGUCGCAACAGCUGCCAAUGACAUCCGUCUCAAGAUACAAAAGGCACGACGCGCCGUAACAUCCCUGCCGGGUAUCGACCGUACCUGUGAAGAUCAAGAAGAAGAGAUUGAGGAUCUGGAGAUGCGUAUUGCGCGACUCAAGGCGUCAUUGAGGGAGCUGGGCCAACCCACUGCUCAGACUGAGGAUGGAGAUGGAGACCAGAGUAUGACUGGCUGA